CUGCGCGAGCUCGUCGGAAAAUAGAAAGGCGACGUCCUAGGGCGUUUUGCUCGAUUUUUUUCAUUUUAAAACUAUUCUUUAUAUUUCAUGUACUCUGUGAUAAAGCAGAAAGGUGAGGAUAAGUUGCUAUAAUUUUUUCUUGCGAGUACAAUCCUUGAAAUUUGUUGUGUGGUGCCGGUGGACGCCAUUGCAGCAGGAAUGAAGCAGGAACCCGAGGAGCCAGUUCAAGUUGUUGCCCCGCGGCCCCAGCCACGGGCCCGGAUCAUUCGACGCGUGCCAUGUGGAUCGCGUCCACCAGUGAAGCGGCGUCUGUUCGCGGUGGGCGGCGCCUCGCAGCCGGGCAGGGUCCGCCUCACCGUCGGCGCCGUCACCAGUUCGUCGGCGCCGACGGCAUCGCGCGAUCACCCCGCCCCCGACCGGGAAGCGGCUCCGUCGGUGCUGCGUACCCAGCAGCCGCCUAAAACGUUCCAGCGCUCGCACCGGAAAGUCGGCUAUCGGAGGGCCCAGCCAUCAGCCUUGUGGGUCAGAGUCGGUAACAAAGAGGUACCAGACUUUAAAAUAUCAAUGGGACAUCAGCAGGAAGUGAUGGCGAGCGAACUUUGCGACCUGGAUACGAAGCAGACCGUGCUGGUCCGCUCGGCGUUCGACAACACCAACAUCACGAACACGUCUGGCUACAGCAGCUGCAGCAUGGACUGCAGUGGCAUCGACUGGCAGCCCAGUUACUCGCAGUGCUACACGCCUCCGGGGCACCCGACUCAGACGAUGCCGCAGUUUCCCAACGCUCCCAUCACGCCGGAGCAGGGCGGCGACUACAAGCGACCGCUGCAGUGCGCGGCCAGCCAGCCGCCGGCCGGCAUAGUGGCUCAGCCGUGCCGGCCGGACGGAGACGCCUCCAGUCUGAUGUGGCUGCUCGACUACCGCUUAGACCAUCUGCUGGAGCCGGCACAGGAGUCCUCUCCCCAGGCGCCGCCGCCCCAGCAGCCGCCGCCGGCGACGGCGAGCAGGCUGCGGGAGCAAGCUCGGCCGCCACCGCCACCGCCGCAGCCGCAACCGCAGCAGCAGCCACAGCAGCAGUCGCAGCAGCCGCAACAGCAACAGCAGCAGCAGCAGCAGCAGCUGCAGCCGCAGCCGCAGCCGCAGUCCCAGCCCGAUCCUGUAGCGCUGGAGGAAACCACGUACUCAGGCUGGUGCCAGAGAUCUGCCGACUGCGGUCCCUCCGAGAGGAAGUGCGAGCAAGACUUCAGAGCUACACAGGACAUGCUACGGCAGCAAGGCUACUACGCGAACUCGACGACGAAGCCUCCGUUCACGUACACGGAGCUGAUCGAACAGGCCAUGCUGGAGGAGGGCGAACUGACCGUGUCCGGCAUCUACAAGUGGAUCACGAGUCACUUCGGGUUCUACAAAUCGUGCGACGACCGCUGGAAGAACAGCGUGCGCCACAACCUCUCCAUGAACCCGUACUUCCGCAAGGGCGACAAGGCCAAGGGCGGCUCGGGUCACCUCUGGAUGCUAGCCAACGUGGAGGGACGGCGCGUGCGGCGGAACAACGUGGCCGCUCGCAUGGGCCGGCCGAAUAGGAAGGUGGGCGGCCGGCGCGGCGGCAGACCCGGCCCGCACUCUGCCUCGUCCGUGUCCUUGCUGAGUGAUGACGUCGAGUUUGACCUGUGUGACGACAUCCCCUCCCCUGCUAACGACAUCUGGCUGAGCUCUGCUGCCGAGAACAAGGAGAACAUGCCCAUCACGGGAGAGUACAGCAUCGAGUACCUCGACUACGUGCCCGAUCAGCUGAUAACGGGGACGCUGCUGCAGACGGCGCCGCCGACCACCUUCACUCUGGAGGAGUCUGCCGACCGCAUCCUCAGCGGUACCAACAGCCACGUGGAGGUGCAGUUCAUCACGCCCGUCCGGAACGACAGGAUCGCCCAGGAUGCCAUGCUGGUCGACUACCCGACUCUGGACGUGGCGAUGCAGUCGUGAGGGCCGCGCUCCCUCCAGCGUGUCCUCUCGGGCCACCCCUGCCUUGUACAGCCCACCUGACGCCGAGCCGCCCGCGCCGGCGCCCCAGCCCUGUCCAGUCCGUCCAGUGAGAGUCCAGGCGCCGCGCCGCUGCCGCUGCUGCUCCGUCCAUACUGUGCUGUGUGUGAAUCUGAGAAGUUUGCGUGAGCUUGAACUCCGUCCAUCGCAACCCUCUCCGUCCGAGUCUCGCUCCCUCAAGAGACUAAGCCGCAAGGUCCGCCACACUGCGGACUUUGGAUGGCACGGAGCUGGAGCGUUUGACUCAAUUUGUGUAUGACCAGGGUAACUCCACCAAAGCUCCUGGGCAAGUGGCAAUGCGUUUGUGUAUCGUCCGAGGCGGUUACUUGGCUCUCCUGUCUCGAUGUUUGGCAGAGUACCACGACCGUCCGCGAGGGCUGGUGUCGGGGAAGCCGGGACUUGUCUCCUCGGAAGUGCGGAUGUUCAGAUGUCUUUGAAACGUGUUGCCUUGAUCGUUGCGGCAUGAUUGCGACAUGCAAUCGAAUCAACAGUGGCCUUUCCGUCUUGGAGCUGUCGUGCUUCUUCGAUGCUCAUGUUUUACCGGUAGAAAAUAUCCCAGAUACCACAUUUUAACAGGGUUUGUUGCAGUCUUAGUAGCAGACAUUGCUUAGAUUCGAUCUCGUUUACACUUUCCUUGAUUGCACGCGUUGUAAAUAUUAGACAUAGUUAUAAGAUAACGAUUUGUUGUUGGCUUUUUAAUUUCUCUUAAAAUGUACAUAGGCAUGCUUUUAAUCAAAGCAAUGCCGAAAAUGGCGAGUGUGCUUAAUAUUUCAGCGGUCGUAAAAGCUUGUCGAAUUAUGGCGUAAUGUGCCUCUGAGCUAUCGCGUCCUAUCAUACAACCGUCUGCGAGUCGGUGAUCUCACUGACGGCUGUGUAAAGUUCCGUUCUGAUCUCCCAUCCGGCCACUCUGCGCGACUUUUCUAUCGCCGUCUCACUAUAAUGCCACGCUCCGCUGACUCGGACAGGAACGUGCGCUGUGUGUAUAUUACGAACCCGCCGGGCGUUAUUUAUAAACAUUGUCGAUCCGUGCCGCCGCAUUUAUUCACAUUAGACAUGUUCAUUAGCGUUGCAUGCUCGGUAGUUGUUUCUUUUUUAAUCGAAAUAUAACCAUCGACAUCA